AUGGAGAGAAAUUGGGCAGAUCUUCUCCCUGAGUUGCUCGGAUCGUGCUCCCAAGGCCUUUGUCCAAAUGAUUUGUCGGCGUUCCGAGCAGUGUGCCGCUCGUGGCGAUCCGCGGCGGUCGAAGAGAGUAGCGACGUCCCGUGGUUGAUGCUGGCGGACAAAAAGGGUAAGCGGUGCCGCGAGUUUUUCUGCCUCCAAUGUCAACGGGUUCACAAAAAGUUCAUGCCCGAGGUGAAGGCGAGGAGAUGCUUCUCCUCGCGAGGUUGGGUGUUGACGAUCGGCAGGGACUGGGAACUCCACAUGCUGAAAAAUCCCAUGUCGCGUGGCAGUCAUAUUAUUAAUCUUCCCAAUUUGAACAAGUUCCCCAACAUCGAAGUUGAAAACUUGCGUAGGUAUUAUCACUCGUAUGGUGCCUUCAUCAAUAAGUUCGUCAUAUCCGAUAGCCCCACUACAUCUCCAGAUUUCAGGGUCAUGGUCACCUAUUACUACAAUGCACGUUUAGGGCUUUGGAAACCCGGUGACGAGGAGUGGACAAAGGUUGACCACCCCAGCUCUUUUAAUUUUGAUGUCAUAUUUUAUAGGGGGUGCUUUUAUGCUCUUAACGCCAAUGGUCACAUAUUGAGGUGCGACGUGAACGGACCAACUCCAUCCAAAGCUCAAGUAGUUUUCGAGAUGCCGCGAGAUUUAUUAGGUUUGGAGCAAAUGUAUCUAGUGCAAUCGACAACAGGAUCUCUACUUGUGGUGUCGCGACGGGGACAAUAUAGACCUCGAGGAACCUUUCGAUUUCAUGUUUUUGAGAUUGACCUAGUAGCACAAUCAUGGAGAGGAAUUAAGACCUUGAAGAACUCUUCGCUCUUCUUGGGCUGGAAUUCUUCCUUCUCUUUGGAAGUCGAUGAAAAGCAUCACAUUAAGCCAAAUUGUAUUUAUUUUACUGAUGAUUUUAUUGAUAAUUCCCGGGUUACUAAAGAUGGAGGGGGCAAAGACAUGGGAAUAUACCACCUCCAAGAUGGUACGAUCGAGCCGCACUUCCAGGGGAAAUCUUACAGCCAUUAUUCUCCUCCGCUGUGGAUCGAACCGAACUUCUAA